GAGUAAUUGGUAAAAAUACCAUUUCUGUACCCGGUUAAUCUUUCUUCAGACGUCUAUAUAUUGAUACUAAAGCGACAUGCAAGAAAUAAUUGAAUUUCUAAAUAGUGUUGGCUAUCAUGGGGAAUGUAUUCAAAUGUCUUUUAUUGAAAAUAUGCUGGAAAAUGGGAUAUCUUCGCCGAAUUUUCGAUCUUUAGUUUCUUGGCUCUCAGGUGAACUUAGCAUAUUACAAAAUGUGGAUGAACGAAUCGAUCCAGAGAGUGAGAAAACAGAAUUCAUUUUGGAACUUUCAAGUAUGCUCAAAGAGUUAUGCUGUCCUUAUCCAGUGUUGAUUAGUGGAUCUCUUGCGCAACGUUUUCAGUCCAAGCAUGAUUGUUUAUUGUUACUAAACUAUCUCAUAAGUGAAUUAAUGGCGGCAAAAAUGUGCCAUAAAAUAAAUCCACACAAGAAAGUCGUUAUAGAAAUUCUCGAAAGCUCAGCAGCAAUUGCACUAAAAGCUAUAACACAAAAUUUGAACUUGGGUAAGCCACCACAAAGUAUAACACCAAAAUUUUUCUUUGAAAAAUUGCUGUUUACGUUUUCUGAAAUAUUCAAAAAAAAUGACAAAUCUCUCUACAUGCCAAGUAGACAAUUGUCUAUCGAAGAAUGGAAAAAGUUGGAAAAAUUACAAAAUGAAUUGGACAUAGAAUAUGAUUUGAGGCGAGAAAUGUUAAUGACACGGUUGGAUGUAACGAUUCAAUCAUUUCAAUGGUCUGAUGUAAUGAAAAAUGAGAGUGACUUUAUUGCUGAAUCUUAUACAAGUAAACGCCAUGAAUUGGAUCAAAUUUUAACCCGUAGCAAAACAACCGAUAUUGUUGAAUUGCUAGCUGCGCGAAUGGAAAUGUUGCAUGUGGAAAAAACUAGUUCGACCACAGUACGAAAAAAUACACAGCUUGACAUACAAAAACAUAUUAUUGGUUCUGUACCAGAUAGAGGUGGACGUACUAAUGAAAUGCAAAGGCCACCACCUGAAAUGCCUUCAUGGCAAAAAAAUCGAAGCCAAGGAGGUCAAGGUGGGAAUUCAGGCGGCGGCGCAAAUCGAGGUUUAAACUAUAAGCCUCAGCAACAAAGAACUUACCAGGGGUCCUAUCAAAAUUCUGGAAAUAAUUUCAAACCUCAGAAAACUGGUUCAGCAAAUCGAAACUGCGCUAACCACAACAGAGUACAAGGAAGUGCAGGUAACCACACCAAUCAGCUACGCAACGAUAAUUAUUACUCAGGCGGAAAUUCAGGUUCUGGAUCGAAUCGAAAUAGUUUCUAUGGCCAAGACCAAUCAAGUCAAGACUUAAAUCAAAGAGGUGAACGCAGAGGAGAUGGCUACAGCAGAGGUCAAUCGAAUUAUAACCGUGGACGACGUUGAAUAAGAACAUAGUAUAUUUAAACUUUGUAUAACAUUAUCAAGAAGAAAAAUUACAUGUAAAUUGUAAAAUUAAA